GCGCGAGGUGCGGCGGAAGGAGCCGAUUUGCAGCAGAUUCACCGCUCGCAUGGUAUGGACUCCAAGGACUGGCGACACCGACAGCCCGCGGAGCAUUCGCGCGGACAAAGACUGGCAGUACCUUCUGUGGAAAAAGCGUCUUCACAACCGGCCAAGUUGAAUGGAGCAGAGCGGAUGAGGCCGACGUGGAGUGAGACAAUGGCCGAAAAGCACUGGAUUGUCGGUCACAUGAAGGAGGCUGGUCGGCCUGACCGAAGGGCCGUUGAGUCGGGCAGGUCUGAUGCGGUGGAGGACACUGACAGCCUGUCGAUGAAAAGUCGCCAGGUCAAAAUGAAGGAAGGAUUUGGGCUUGUCGGUGAAAUUCGCCAUUUUCUUUCGCCAAAAUGUGCACAUGUUGAAAGAAACCCCGAUUGGAGACAUCUCCGUCUCUGGAACUACAGGUUUCAGGUGCGAAUCCGGCCGCAGACUUUGCACGAGAGGGAGGCAACAAGACAGACCUGA